AUGAUUUCUGCGAAUGGACUCCCAAUUUCAUUUGUUCAAAGUGGUGGAUUUAAACACUUUAUGUCACUUGUGGAACCUGGGUAUCAAAUUCCCGUAGCUUCAACAAUAUCAUCGCGAUUGCAAUUGUUGUACGGUGAAUUGCGUGCAAAAAUAAUGAAUUCUUUGAGCUCAGUGUCAUUUGUAGCUUUGACAACGGAUGGUUGGUCGUCAAGAGCCCAAGAAUCAUUUAUAUCAGUAACAAUCCACUAUAUUAAUGAUAACUGGGAAUUGAAAAAUUAUACUUUAUGUGCAGAGUAUAUAGAGGAAAGGCACUCGUCUGAGAACUUGGCAUUUAUGUUAGAAAUGGUAAUUGCAGAGUGGGAAUUAGAUGGAAAAGUUCAUGCAGUUGUGCAUGAUAAUGCUGCGAAUGUUGUAUCCUCAGUUCUUUUAGUUGAAAACGUGGAGAAUAGUAUUAGUUGUGCUGCACAUAUAAUACAAAUUUGUGUGAAAACUGCUUUAAAAUCGGUGAAGUUAUAUUCACUCAUAUUGAAGAAAGCUAGUACUAUGGUUAGUCAUUUUCAUCAUUCCAAUGUUGCAGCUCUUGCUUUACGAAAGAAACAACAGCAGCUUGGAUUGAAAGAACUCAAACUAAUUCAAAGCUGCGCCACUAGAUGGAAUUCGUCUUAUUUGAUGUGUGAAAGACUUGUAGUAAAUCGAGGUGCUAUCAUCGCAGUUUUAGCAGACAGAGAUAUAACUUCUGCUGCGUUAGCUUUGAAACUUGAAAUAAACGAAGGGGAAUGGACAGAAAUGGAAUCAAUGAUUAAGCUCUUAAAGCCUUUGCAAGUUGCAACAGUGGUAUUAUGCGAGGAAAAUGUUACGAUUUCUAUACUCCGACCAAUUAUUUAUGGGUUAAUCAAUAAACACAUGCUAAUAAAAUCUGAAGACAAUGAAAAUGUAAGAAACUUCAAGGAAGAUAUAAAUCAAAAUUUACAAAAGAGAUUUAAAAUGAAGAGGCAGGAAUAUGAUGAAGUAGUUAUAGAUCAAAUAUCUUGUUUUCUAGAUCCAAGAUACAAAUAUUUAGAGACAGAAACUGAUGAAGUAAAAGAAAAUGUAAGAAAAAGUGUACAAAAUGUAUUACAGACAACGAGACCAGUUGAAUCUAAUGAAGUCGUAAGUGAGGAGAUUAGUGCAAUGGAUUUUUUAUUGGAUGCAAAAUCAUAUGGGGAAAACGAAAGUGAAUUCGAUAUGUACUUACGUGAACCUCAAUUAAACCAUAAUGUAUCCAAUCCCCUUAUAUGGUGGAAAAAUAAUGAGUUGAAAUAUCCAAAUCUGGCAUUGUUAGCUAAAAAAUAUUUAUGUGCACCGGCAACAUCAGUUACAUCGGAACGUUGUUUUUCCACAGCAGGAAACAUUGUAACAUCUAAAAGAAGUUGUCUUUUGCCAGAAAACGUUAAUUUACUGACGUUCUUAAAAAGGAAUCAAAAUGCCUUCAAUCGUUGA